AUGACAACAGUUGAGCCGAUGGAAACUGAAAAAGCGCCGGAAGUUCCGAUUUCUCAACUUGUUGGACAACUUUCGACACUUUUACGAGAGGCAAAAGAAGAUGUAAGAAAGAAUUCCCUGGAGAAACUCAAAAAAUAACAUAUGUUUUUUGUUUUAGGAAGCAAAACGACUUUUAAAUCGAAAUCCGCAACUUGUGCAAGCCGUUGACGACUCGGGAAGAUCUACUGUACAUUUUGCGGCGGUUGGAGGCAGUUUGCCCAUUUUGCAGUUUGCAAUUCUGAACGAUCCGGAAAAUGCGACAAAAAGAGAUGAGGUGAGUGUUGCUAGAAAAUUUGAAAUCCAAAAUUUUGUUGGGUUUCCCUGCAAAAAUGUUCUGAUCUGUGAUUUUAUGAUUAACAUGAAAUAUUUUGAGGUUGGCUGGACUCCGUUGAUGAUUGCCUGUUCCGCUGGUCGCACUGAAAUCGUUCGAUAUCUUCUUUCACUUCCAUCCGUUGAUCCGAAGUUACCCAACAAAAAUGGUCAGACAAGUUUGCACUAUGCAGCCAGCAAAAAUCAUAUUGAGGUAUAAAAACUUCUGAAAACUCUCAAUUUUAUUCAUAUUUUUUUAUUUUUUAGAUCGUUAAAUUGUUGGUCGAAUCCGAUCCAAUAAUAAUCAAUUUGGCUGAUAAAUAUGGAGCGACUGCUCUUCAUCGAGCCGCCAGUCAAGGACACGAAAUUGUUGUGCGAUUUUUGUUAAAUAAUCCGAGAACUCGAGUAAAUCAAAGGGAUUCGGAAGGAAAUACUGCAUUGUGAGUUUUAUUAUUCUAAAAAUAAAACACAAUUUUUUAUUUCAUGCCUAUCAGUUUAGCUAUUCCUAACGAAAUCAACAUCAAAAAAACUUUGAAAAUUAGUUCAUAUUUACAAUUUUGGGCCUUUGGUUUCGGGUUCUGAAUAUGCUAACUAAAUAUAUAAUUUUGUUGCAAUUUCAGACAUCUUGCUUGCGAUGAAAAUCGCGACGAUAUUGCAAUUAUGUUGACACAAAAAGGAGCUGAUAUUGAGUUGAAAAAUAAAGAGGAACAAACACCGCUGAAUAUGGUUAAAACUUCGGAUCUGCGAUUGAAGUUGAAAAAUGCGGCAGAGCGAGCCAGAAAUUAA